AUGAAAGGGAGGAGCAUAAAGAAAGAGAACAUCUUCGCAUGGUUGGUGAAGGCUCCUUUCCGUUUGUUGAUCAAGGCACGUGACGCCUACAUACGUAGCAUUACGUCAUUCUCCGGGGCCGGAAUCCUUGCCGCCGGCGGAUCCUCUGCUUCUGGUCAACUCUCAGGAAACUUCCAAAUUUGUGAUCCUCCCAACACCGACCUUCCCCGGAGCUUUACCUUGACCUCGACGUCACGUGGCAGAAGAUCUCUAACGGCGAUGAGACAAUCGCCGCCAUUGGAUCGCCGGAGGAACUAUAGAUGUGUUGUCGUGAUGGGACGAAUCGAUGAGGAGAUUUCUUGUGAUGAUGAGUUUGACUUUGAAGAAAAUGACACUUUUCUUGAUUAUGGUAAAUGCGAGAUUUUUCACAAAAAGUAA